AUGAUGACAAGAAGGAAACAAACACAAUUUCAACUGGCGCUUAUGCUAAUCUUGCAGUUUGUAUCGCUGCAGACAACAACAGUUGGUGCCUUUCAAUCGAGCCCAACGGGGCCAAAUAAUCCCUCAUCUCCUGCACACCAGAUGGUUGCUACCACUUCUGGUUUCGACACCACCGAAUCAUCUUCUGAAGAUGCAUCCACAAUCGACUUUCCGCCGCCUCUGAGCCCAAUUCAACGAACUGCUCGAGCAUUGAAAUUCUACAAACAAGUCCUUCCAGUAUUAGGCGCUUAUAAAGUCAAAGAAUUCGAAUUGGAACUCCGACGCAAGCAAUUGAAGCAAGAAAUUUCGGAAGAGGAAGAAGCGUCAAUUUGGAAGGAGAUUGACGAAUGGGGAUCGGCACGAGUUGCUGAUACCAUUCAGGACAUGAAGGGAUUCUACGUCAAGACGGGACAAGUGAUUAGUACUCGUGUUGAUCUUUUCCCUGAGGCCUAUACAUCCAAAUUACAAGAUUUGCAAGACGGAUUGGAUCCCAUGCCAUUUGCACUCGUCAAGAAAGUGGUCGAACAAGAGUUGCUCGAUGGUGCGCCACUUUCGGAGCUCUUUGCAACCUUUGAAGAGGAACCACUCGGCGCCGCCUCGAUUGCCCAAGUCCACAAAGCGACACUGCUGGAUGGCCGGGUUGUGGCAGUCAAACUCCAACGGCCCAAUGUGGAACCAAAACUUUUAGGGGAUGUUGCCAAUCUGAAACGCAUUAGUAAGGCGCUUGCCGAUAAUCUGCCGGUUGACUACUACACCGUCUUUUGCGAGUUGGGCGAUGCUCUCAACAAUGAAUUGAACUUUUUGGCAGAGGCUCAGGCCAUGCGAAAGAUUGAUCUGGCCAUUUCGCAUGAUGAACAGGGACAACCGACUCAGCGUGCUGUGUCGAUUCCGCUACCAAUAGGAGAGCUAGUAUCGAAACGCGUCUUGGUCAUGGAUUUCGUGGAAGGAGUGCCUCUAAACAAAUUGAAGCAACGAAUGAAGGAGAAGGGAAUCGAAGAAGGCACUCCCGAAGCCAAACUUGCUGGUCGACGAAUUUUGGAUUCCUUGUCACUGGCGUUUGGUAGAAUGAUAUUUGGGGCUGGGUUCCUCCACGGAGAUCCCCAUCCUGGAAACAUCUUCAUCGGUGAAGGAGGCAAAGUUUCUUUGAUUGAUUGCGGUCAAUUCAAGGCUCUUCCUCGCCCCCAGCGUGUUCGAUUGGCCGAAGUUGUUUUGGCAGUGGCUGAUUACCAAGAUGCUGCUGCUCUAGUGGCAGCUGAACAAAAUGCCAGUAGUGACUCCGUUGCGAAGAUGACAGCAUGCAAAGACCGCUUAGCAACACUUGUCCAAGAUUUUGGGGUGACAGUUGCCGAAGAAAACCAAUAUGAUACAGAUCUUUGGUGCUCGAUUGGGUUAUUCUUGUUUGGCAAUGCCGACCAAAGGUUGCCUGGGAACGGGAAAUACUCCGCCAAUGAAUUGGACGACAAUUCUCCAAUCAAAUUGGUCACAUCCUUUCCACAGGAACUCGUGCUACUGGGAAGAGCUACUGUUCUGCUCAAGGGCAUUGCCAAAAAGUUAGAAGUUCCCUUCUCGCUCGCCGAUAAGUGGGGCCCUGGAUGCGCACUCACCUUGGAGGCUGCUUCGGAGCCAACCUUGCCUUUGUGGGGAAAAGAGACUGCUAUUAAUGGAGGCGAGGUGUCGGUUUCCUCCCCUACUGAAACUCCAACCGACGCCGAAAAGAUCCGAUUCCUUCAAGUUAUGCGAGUCUUGAAGACGUGGGGUAAGGGCAAGGGUCGUCGGUUUCUGGAACGAGUGGUGAGACGACUUCCACCAAAUCUCAAGGCACAAGUCUUGGAAGCAGAAUUGCGACGACAAGAACGCAAGGAGCGUGAGAUGAAAGAAAAUAUGAGAGUUAGUAGGCAAUAA